AUGGUCUACAUUCCUAAUCUUCACUACGACAAGCAGCGUCUUCUCGCUCUCCUUACCGCCGACCUUACAUCAGCUCAACUGGACAGAAUUCAGGAGCUGUUUGGCAUCGGCGCUACUUCGCGCUCUCCAUACCUUGCGGAAGAGCUUUUCAUCGAGGACAAGCGUGAGUGGUCGCAUCUUUCUCAUGCGGACUUAAUGCGAGCAUAUCCCGAACAAGACCCCUUGCUCGUCAUCGAUUUCCAUACGCCGCACGAUGGGGAAAUUUGGUACAUUGAGGGCUUCACCACUGCAGACGAUGUUGCAAAUGGGCUAGCUGAAAGCCUAAACACUCUUUACAAGAUACGCAUGGAUAUCCGUGAUGUUGUCAUGCAGUUCGCCAGCUACAGUGUUGCCAAUACACACAUCUCAAACGACCUGUGGCAUGUCAAUGUGCAUAUCCCAAUCCCUGACGACUUUGAGCAGAAAACACUUUUCUGUUCAGGCACCAACCAUAUCAGAGAGCGGUACAACGAUUCUACGUGGGUUAUAGCUACGCCUGGUGAGCUGGAAGAUAGCACGACACUGGAACCUGUAGGCAGCAUUAUACCACGACCAGAAAUUGUGUAUCGGGUGAAGAAAGACAUCGCAAGACAAGCGGGCUUGGAGAGCAAAUGGAUGGUGGCGAGCGACGCACCAAAUGAAUGCGAACUGCCUAAUAAAACCAAUUUGACCUUCCUGCCAGGCAGUAAAGUCGUGCAGUCCGAAUACGAUCCAGAUGUUGCGAUCCCAGUGUACAAGAGACCCAUUGGAAGUCUGUAG